AUGCAGGAGAAGCACUACAAAGAGAGCAGCCACUCCCCCCACGAGUUCUCCCCCACCUGGAACGCGUUCCGCUCAAGUCCCCUCGCGCACAGCCAUCUGAACUCAGUGACGCAGUAUCUGCCUAUGAAUGUGCAUGAGCGGAUCUUGUUGAAAACUGCCCUGCUCGAGAGGAAGCUUGCUGAUGUAGAGCUCGAGAAGCAGCUGCAAAAAGAAGAAUAUGAGGCCAAACUGCAAGCCUUGACGUCUCAGUUGUCUGCUUCUGCGGUGACCGAAGGACCCAAAACUCCCUUGGAGUUAGCGAGAGGAGGAUCAGUGGAUGGCCGGUUGCUGGAUACCAUACUGGCUCAGCUCGGACCAAAGGAGCUCAUCGCUGAUCGAUUUGACAUCGACGUGACGAGAGAAAAGCUGGAGUGCAUGCGAGACGGCGUUUGGUUGAACAGUGAGGUCAUCACUUGGUGGCUCGAGUGGUGGAGGGAGGAGCAUGGUGGAGGGUCCCAAGGAAAGAUGCCGAAACCUUGUGAGCCUGGGAAGGAGAAGGAGAUGGGACCGAGAUGCUGGUUUGCAAACACAUAUUUUUACACAAAGCUUCUGGAUGAAGAGAACAAGGUGUACAGCUACAAGAAUGUGCGGAGGUGGACGAAGAAGAUUAACGUCUUCGAUUGUGACAAGAUGAUCAUCCCCAUCAACCAGGACAACGUUCACUGGUUCUGCGCUUGCAUCGACUUCAAGAACAAGAGGACGGAGGUCUACGACUCGUUGGGCUCCAACAAGCACGAGUGGAUCAAGGAUGAGCUGAAGGACAAGCAGAGCGUGUCGCCGGUCGCAGGACGAGGACAUGUCGGUCUGGAAGCGCCUCUCCCCUCGAGAGACGAGGUCCCUCGGCAGCUGAACUGCUGCGACUGCGGGGUAGGAGGGAUGGGAAGGAGGCGGUUGAAGGUGACCAGCACACAGGUGUUCGCCUGCAUGUUCGCUGCCUACCUGAGCAUCGGAAGAAAGUUUGACUUCUCCCAGAAAGACAUCGACCUCAUCAGGAGGUGGAUGAUACAAACAAUCUACAAGGAGGGAGUGAAGAUGGGACAAGUGCGUGCCGGUCUAUGCUCAGUCUGA